AUGGUGAACUGGGUGCAGGUGGUGAGGGAGCACUUGGUGGCCCGGCUGGCCACCAACGCCGGCCUCCGGCAGCACGCCGUGGCCGUGGACGACGACGCCGGCACCGUCCUCAGCUUCUGGCUGCCCCAGCACAAGAUGGCCAGAUCAGGAGCCGCCGCCGCGGACCAGAGAGAGAAGCAGACCACCAGCAGGCACGCCGUAGUGCUCCUGCACGGCUUCGCCGGCGACGGCAUGAUGACGUGGGGGUUCCAGGUGGGCGCCCUCGCCGGGUGCGGCUACGACGUCUACGUCCCCGACCUGGUCCACUUCGGCGGCUCCACGUCGCCGUCCCCCGACCGCUCCGUGGCGUUCCAGGCGCGGUGCUUGGCCGCGGCGCUGCGGAAGCUCGACGUGGGGGCGGGGUGCACCGUCGUCGGGUUCAGCUACGGCGGGUUCGUGGCGUUCGAGAUGGCCGCGGUGCACCCGGGCCUCGUCGGGUCCGUGGUCGUGUCUGGCGCCGACGUGGCCUACACGGGCGCCAUGAACGACGCAAUGCUAGAGAAGUUCGGCGCCGGGACGCUCGCGGAGCUGUUGCUGCCGGACUCGGUCGCGCGGCUGAGGUCGCUCUUCUCCGACGCCAUGUACAAGAAGCUCUGGUUUCCCGACCGCCUUCUCAGCGAUUUCCUCAAGGUGAUGUAUGCCAACCGACAGGAGAGGAAAGAGAUGCUGGAAAAACUCGUGAUGAUGGACAAACAAGAAUCGGCCCCUGUUUUUCAGCAGAACAUACUUAUGUUGUGGGGCGAGGAUGACGACUUCUUUCCCAUAGAGAAUGCCAAGAUGCUAAAAGAGAAGCUGGGGGAGAAGGCGAUGCUGCGAAGCAUAAGCAAGGCAGGGCAUCUAGCACAGCUAGAGAGGCCUUGUGUCUAUAACCACUGCCUUAAAGAAUUCUUGGCUAAUGUCAAUGCCAUCUCCCCUAAAACCUAA